GUGAAAUUUACAGUCCGGUCCCUGCGCUCAACCGCGACGGAUGUAGUUGUACUGGUAGGCAAGUGAAAAUUUCGUAUUCAGUAUAAAGUGUCGAAAUCAUUGUCGAGUCCGUUGAGAAAUAUUAUUCGAGGAACCGUUGAAGAAGAGGAAAGUCAGUUUUAUAGUCAGAUUGUUAUUCGUUGGAUUUUUAAAGUUUGUUAUCUCGACAUGGGAAGAAGCCGAAGCGAAUACGAUUUUUUAACGCAGUUAGUCACGGCAAUAAACUACAACCAAGAGGAGCACGUUAGGCACUUACUCGAGACCAUACCGGAAAACUUAAAAGAUCCGGUAAACGCAAUAGAUUCGACAUGGGGUCGCACGCCGUUGUUUCUUGCGGUAGAUAACGAGAAUAUCAGAAUAGUCAAGAUGCUCCUGAAAAAAGGAGCUGAUCCAAACGUCGAAGAAGACACCCUUCACGUCGCAGUGAGCAAAGGCUCCUUAGAGAUGGUAGAACUGCUUGUGAGUCACGGCAUCGAUGUCAACCGAGUUUUAAAAAGCACCGGAAAGACAGCACUGCACGUCGCCGUCAAAACCAACCAGACUGAAAUGGCGACGCUUCUACUCGGCUGCAAAGCCGAGAAUAGCCCGUCAAAGAUCUACGAGGAAAUGCUGCUUCAUACGGCGCUGCGAAAUGGUAACAGGAGACUGUCUCUCAUUCUGGCCAAGCUCGUUCCAUCGAGCGAUGUCGACUUGCUCGACGACGGAUUCACCGCUUUACACCUGGCCGUCGAGAGGCGAUACAUGGAAGUCAUCAAGGAACUGAUCAAGAAGAAAGACAACGUCAACCGAAUAUCCUCCGAGAUCGCAGAUCAACUGCACAUCGCCAUCAAGAACAAAGAUCGCAAUAUGAUCCAGCAACUCGUGGGAAUUGGCGCUGAGAUGAACGUAAGUGUUGACGUUUUCACCCUCCAUUACGCCAUCAAUCAAGGGUACGAAGACAUAGUGACUCUGCUUCUGGACAAUGGUGUAGUGACGAUCAAAAACUACAACGUGGACGGUCUGACUGCGUUGCACGUAGCGGUGUUGUCGGGUCACUUGGACAUGGCCAAACUGUGCAUCAGUUACGGUGCUGACGUCGAUGCCUACUGCAAAACGAACAAGCAGACCUCUCUGUACUACGCGACCGCGCAGGGCCAUUACAAGAUGGUGAAACUUCUCCUGGAAAAUGGCGCGAAAUUCGACACGUGGGUAUGCGACUGCAGUACUCUGAUGGAUCACGCGCUAUUCUCGGGAAGCGAGCCCAUCACCAGGCUGUUCAUCGAGCGAGGAGCUGCGGUAAACCUGUUCAGAUUCGAAGACGACGAGGAAGCUCACCUGGCCAUCAAGAUUCUGGCAGAAGUUAUCUUCAAAGAUUCCAACAUGCUCAAAAUCGUCAAGAGUAACUGGGACGACAUCCAGAAGUACACCAAACACAGGGAAUACUACAACCACUGCGUGCAGGAGCUUACGAAGAUGCGCGACGUGAAGAUCUUCAACAACGUGACCUUACAAGAUCUCAUGGUGAUGAAUUUGAACAAACUUGCGACGUUGAGCCGAAACGAAGAGUUCGUUACCGGAUUUUUGCGCAUCGGAUACACACAAUCCUUCCCCAUCUACUCGGAGAUAUUAUUGUCCAAAUUCACCCAAGCUCGAGUCAGGGGUGAAUUGCUUAUAAAAGCCAAGGAUGAAUUCGCAAGAUUAAAGAAAUUUGCAUUACCCGCUAUUUGUGCUCAGAUUGUCCUCGAGAACCUGGACGAGGGCGAGCUGAAGAAUUUUCUGAGAGGGAUUUGCCACUGUAAAGGCGAACACACAUGUGACGGCUGAGAUAGAUGUUAUUUUUUGAAGGAAGAGAGGAGAGAUUCUUUUAUCGAUUUGAAUGUGAAAGUUUAUAUCAGUAGUGUUUUUGAUUUUAUAAGUAGCGACCGAACUAAUUUAAUUGAAUUUUCAACGUCUGUAAUUGAUUUUUAAACGCGAUAUAUGUGUAUUAUAUAAAGCGUGAUAUGAUAAAUGAUACAUAUAACGAUUUAUGUAUUGAAAAUAUAGGGAUAUGAUGCAAUGUAAGUUUGAUAGAAAUAACCAAACAGAGUAGCAGAUACUCGAAUUGUAUGUACUUAACGAUAAUAUUUGUAUGGACUCGACACAUAAGUAAACAAGAAAUGACUGGCUUUCCGUAUAUACUCGAA